CGAGUAAAUAUCAAGAACUUUACCUACGUCAGGGUCUUGGAAUCACACUCACUGAACGAGCACUUUCUUUUGCGACUAUCGUCGAAUUCCUGACUGGCCGAUCUCAUAGCCGAAACUAUUUCACACGAACUUUCUGUAAACCUCAAGUCCACCAUGGGGACAUUAGAAGCUGUACAAACGCGGCACCGCAAGGAACAGCGGGACCUCCAAUCUCGAAUCACGAACAAGAAGAAGAACGCCAGCAAGAAAACACGGAAGGGCGUCAACGACGAGUGCGCCGAGCUCGAGCGCCAGUUGAAAGACCGUCAGGCACAGGAGCUUGCAAGCCUCAAUGGAGAACCCAAUGGCGCGCAAGAUGGAGCAGACGACGAGCCCGAGCCCCAAGACGAGACGAACGGAGCCGACCUCGAAAUGGCCCUCAACGCAGUGGCAGUCCAAUUCAACAGCACGACCCUCGACGGCGACGUCGCAUCAUCGCAUUUACAACCACCGCCCAACCAACAAAAGCAGCAGAAUAACAACGACGGCAAGAAGCGCAACCGCCAAAAAGAACGUCUGGCCCGACGCGCGGCAGAACAAGAGGCAGCCGCCCAGAAAGCGCAAGAGGAGGCAGCCAACAUGACGGACCACCGAGGCAUAGAGAAGACAUCUCUUCUAUCGCAAUUCAAAGCCAACGGCCUGACGGAGAAGGAGAUACAGCCCGACGGGCACUGUCUGUUCUCCGCGGUGGCGGAUCAACUUGUGCAGCUUUCCAUCCCGAUCAGUUCUUCCCAUGGAGAAGACGAGACGAAGCUACCACCGUACAAAGCAGUGCGGAGGAAGGCGACGGAGUACAUGAAAGCGCACCCGGAUGAUUUCGCGCCGUUUCUCGAGGAGGAUUUUGAGGGUUAUGUGGCGAAGAUGAGGGAUACGGCUGAGUGGGGAGGGCAGUUGGAGUUGGCGGCGUUAAGCAAGGCGUAUGGGGUCGACAUUAAGGUCGUGCAGGAUGGGAGGACGGAGACAAUUGAGUCGGGCGGGCAGGGAGAGAAGGAGGGGAGGAGGAUAUGGUUGGCGUAUUACCGGCAUGGGUAUGGGUUGGGGGAGCAUUACAAUUCGCUGAGGAAGGCAUGAGGAGGUUGGGUGUGAAGUUUAGGCGGUGAUGGGAGCAGGCUGCAAGGACAGAUAUGGCAGGUCUGCGGGACCUUGGACGGAAUCGACCAUAGGAGAACACCGUUUGCGAAACUGCCUGCUCCUCAUGACAGUUGGCAAUGUCUGCACCGUCUGUCAACGCUAGAUGGUGAUGAAGACUGCUGGGUCUGGCGUGAAAUCGGAGAGGAUAUGCCCGGACGAGCUAAGAGAGCCUUCCCCUCCCCCCCCCC